AUGCAAGCUGCACACAGAGUCUUGAGAUAUAUCAAAGGUGCUCCUGCUCAAGGAUUAUACUUUCCAGCAGCCAACCAACUCAAUAUGAAGGGAUUCUCUGAUUCCGAUUGGGCAGCAUUCCCUAAUACAAGACGUUCUGUUUCUGGUUUCUGUAUGUUUUUAGGAUCAGCUCUAAUUUCCUGGAAAUCCAAGAAACAACAAACUGUUUCUCGAUCCUCCUUAGAAGCAGAAUAUAGAGCCAUUGCUGCAGCAUCCUGUGAAAUACAAUGGCUAAGUUAUUUGCUUGAAUCUUUGGAGGUAAGGCUUGAAACACCUGUUGCGCUAUUCACUGACAACAAGUCUGCUAUGGCCAUCGCUGAGAACCCAGUUUUUCACGAGAGAACAAAGCAUAUCUAA